AUGGACACAACGAAGGAGGGUAGCGAAAAUGCAGAACUGAAGCUCAAGCAACAGAUACUGCAAGCAAUUCUACAGCAUGAAGUCGCCAAUCCGGUGGAAGCAAAUACGCAUCUAACAAAUCCCCACUCUACGAAAGAUCUAGGUCAAUUGAAUCUCGAACUGAUUAACGCGGAAAAUAAACAUAGGGAAAAAAAAACGAAGAACAAGUACAGGCAGCUAUUGUUUCUGUACCCACAUAAUAAAAUGUCCCAGGAGGAGGUAAAAAGAGGACUCCUUAGGGACCUGCAAGAGAAAUACCAAAUCAAAGUGGAACAGAUGAAGAAUCUGCAUGAACACAUACAAAAGGUACAAAAGGAGCUGCAGCGCGCGGGCAACGAGGUCGAGGCCCUGCGCGCAAGUGUUAAAGCAAACGAGGAGGAAGACAAAUUUAAGGGGAAAGUGAACCAGCCGUCUGGUCACUACCCGUGGAUGGAAGGAAAAGCGGAAGAGAAAGCGGAAGCGCACCUACCAAAUAUAUCGCACCUGUGA